GGGUUGAGUGGACCCGAGCGAGCAACGCAGGGGAACAACUCGUCGGACUUGUGCCGUGUGUGCGUCGACAGUAUUCUUUAACCUAGAUGACGACGCUUGACGGUAUAGCAGUGUUACCGCGAGUGCAAGUUAGUUGGUUAGUGUGAUUAUUCGUAGCAUCGAGCGUCGGUUACGGGACGUGUGCGCCCCCGUGGGACUCGCCUAAUACAAGGCCAAGACCGGCAAAAUGUUUGACGUUUUCGGAUCCGUGAAGGGCUUGCUCAAGCUCGACUCGGUAUGCAUCGACAACAACGUAUUCCGUCUCCACUACAAGGCUACCGUGAUUAUUCUAAUCGCCUUUAGCCUACUCGUCACCUCGCGACAGUACAUCGGGGAUCCGAUCGACUGCAUUGUCGACGACAUCCCGUUGAACGUCAUGGACACGUAUUGUUGGAUCUACUCGACGUUCACUUUGCCGAACCUCGCUGGUGAGGUCGGUAAAGACAUCGUGCAGCCGGGAGUCGGGCCUCACUCGGAAAAAGACGCGACCAAGUAUCACAAGUAUUAUCAAUGGGUAUGCUUCACGCUCUUCUUCCAAGCCAUACUAUUCUACGUGCCGCGUUACCUCUGGAAGUCCUGGGAGGGCGGCCGCAUCAAGAUGUUGGUCCUCGACCUUAACUGUCCCGUAGUAAACGACGAGUGUAAGUCGGAUCGCAAGAAACUCCUCGUCGAUUACUUCACGUCGAACAUGCACACGCAGAACUUCUACGCGUUCAGAUUUUUCCUAUGCGAGAUAUUGAACUUCGUGAAUGUAGUCGGUCAGAUAUAUUUCAUGGACUUCUUUUUGGACGGGGAGUUUACCACCUACGGCGCCGAGGUCGUCGGCAUGACGGAAAUGGAACCGGAGGAUAGAAUCGAUCCGAUGUCCCGGAUCUUUCCCAAGGUGACCAAGUGCACCUUCCAUAAAUACGGUCCCUCCGGAAGCGUGCAGAAGUUCGACGGACUCUGCGUUCUGCCGCUGAACAUCGUGAACGAGAAGAUCUACGUCUUCCUCUGGUUCUGGUUCAUCAUCCUGGCGAUCCUUAGCGGGCUCAGCCUCGCCUACCGCGCCGCCGUCGUCGCCGGGCCAAAGCUGCGUUUGAUUCUCCUUCGCGCCCGAGCUCGCCUAUCGCCGCAGACGCAGAUCGAGACCAUCGCCCGGAAGUGUCAAAUCGGCGACUGGUUCGUCCUUUACCAGCUCGGGAAGAACAUCGAUCCUUUGAUAUACAAGGAGCUCGUUGCCGACCUCGCCGACAAGCUUGACGGCAAGGACCCCGUUUAACAACCCUAGACUCGAUCGUCGUUUUCGACGAAUGUUAGAGUGUCGCGCCAUGUCCGAGGGGAUGCAGUUUCAACAUUAGCCACAAAUUUUCAUAUCACAAUCGAUCAAAACUACCUAUUGUUGUCAAUAGAAAUGGAAAAGAAAACGAUUAGUAUAAACAACUCCCAGACUUUGGCGUAGGCUCUAAUUGUGAUAAAUACAGGGGUCGGCGUCCACGCGAUGCUGCGGAACACUCGAGUUAACGGUACAUGUAUUAUUGCGAUCGCGUCUGAUUUCUAGAAAACGGCACGUGCAUUGAUCGCACGCAUACCUAGAAUCACUGCAUGUCCGAUCGUGUGUUGAGAAAUAUCUGGAAGACGUUUUCAAGGGUUGUACAACUGCUCUGCACAGGAUGCACGCUGUUUACGCGUAUAUUUAACAUACAUAUAUACAGUACAUGCCUAUGCAUAUGUAUACACACGAAUGUACGCACAUACACACACUCUCCGUUUUCGGUUGGCUUAGGCCGGAGCAAAUAAUAGGUUACAAUUGGUAGUCGGGACAGAUGUUGAACGUCCUAACGCUUCACGACCGUAAACGUACCCUUAUGCAGCCCGACUGCAUUCGGCAUGCACGCCACGUAGCCUAUCUUUGUUUGCGCCCUUGCCCGCCGCAGUUCUCGGAAAGGCACGGUUUACAACCGAAAGCGAAUGUCUAAAGGCGGCCCUUUGUCACAGUCAGUCUCACAGCGGUUCUCAUCGAGCGGUUUAUCUCUGCCGCCUUGCCAGACGCCACCUAUUCACGCAUGCCUGCUUCUAUCCGUGCACUCCGUGUGUGUGUGUGUGUGUGAUUGUGUGUUUUGAGGAGAGAAAGGAGAAAAUGAUAAUUUUUGUCCAUCAACGCACACAUAACCGUAUACCGAUUCAUAGAUGUACGAGCAAGUGUUGCAGCCGUGAUAUUUUUUUUAAAUAUUUUUGCGAUAGCGCACCGCUGCACGCCGUUCCCUAUUAACAUUAUUUUUAUCGUAGUAAUUGGUAUACUAUUUUAGUAUAUAGUAUCUUUCUUAACCGUAAAGUUUUCAUUCCACGAGGGACCAAUAAAAAUAUAUGUACAUACAUACAUAUGCCUACAUAUAUAAUUGAUAAGUAUAUUCAAAUGAAUUACGUGUUUUUUUUUUGUGGUUUUUUUUUAUAUAUAUAUAAAAAUACAUUAUUAUUCUUUGUUAGAUCCGAUCCAAUGAGGAAGAGUCACUGUUUGUUCAUGCGUCCCCCUUAUACAAGUUUCGAACAAAACUAGGGAUUCUCCUCCAUGAAUGAUUUAGAAUUUUUUUCGUUCAGUUUUACGUUGCUUUUGGUAGUCGCAAAUACCAAAAUAAUGUAAAAGGAGAGAAGACAAAUAUUUUUGAAAAUUGAUGCUCAAAGUAAGACUGCCACAAGUACACACUCCAUCAUAUCGUAUCUUGUGAAAUUUUAUAUUAUUAUUAAUAAUAAUGAUUAAUGAUAAAUCAAUAAUAAUUCCAAACACGAUUAGAGAAUUGUGUGAAUCGCAUAAUAGUUAUAUGAUGAAUAGAUGAAAUUACAAUUAUUAUUGUCGAAUGUCAGGCUCGCUGUCAGGUUUUCGUGGAUUAACGUCUACGCAAAUGUUCAACUAAGAGACGCACAAGAUGUGAGAAUAUGCAAUAUAAAUAUAUAUUUUCACUGUAUCCUUACAGAUUGUGAUUGUCGGAAAUAUUUUAUAUGUUUGUAUAUAUAUAAAAAUAUUCACUGUAAUUUAAAUAAGUCGUGAAAUUUCUAAGAAGAAAGAGAGAAAGAUACUUAAAUUGAACACCAAUUUUUAUUUUUCUUCAUUUUACAAACAAUCGCACCAUUUUCCUUGUCGAGACAUCUCAUCAUUCCCACCUAAAUACAUUUCAAACGAUUUGGUACGCCGAAUGUAUGCCAUACGAGUUUCUAUAAUUUUCUAUAUGUAUUUUAAUAAGACAUUUCAUUAUAGAUGUAGCAUUAAAAAUCGUAAGAGAUGUAGCCUGCCGUGUGAAAACAUUCAAGCGCGCAAUGCUCUAAGACGUUAGACUUAAGGUUUGAUAAAUUGCAAUAAUAGCAACAGUGAUAGUUGGCGACAAUAGUUUACAUAAUAUUAAUGAAACGCUGUAAGAAUAAAAUAAAUAUCAUAUUUUUUGUAGCCUUUAAACAAACACGAGAACUUCUCUGCUCCUUAUCGUUUACCAUACGAUUGUUAUUAUUUCUUAUUUUCUGUUUUUUUUUCUCUCUCUCUCUCUCUCUCUCUCUCGAGGUUUCCUUCCUUUUUUUUUCUCACGGAGUAUCUACACGUAUAAUUCAUAAUUGUGAGUAUACACUUUGUAUCUCGUCACCUCGUCGUCACGCUAAUUGGUUUUAGAUCAUCAAUUUUGUGAAAUCAGCUGCGAACCUUCUUACUUACUUUUAGCACAAAAUGAUUGGCUGGAUGCAAUCAUUUCUCACGAAUGCAAUUUUCUGUAUCGUCAAUAAUCUUAUUUUUAUUAUUAUUAUCAUUAUUAUUAUUAUUAUUACUAGUACCGUUCGCUUCGCUACAGUCCGUGCUUUGGGUAUGUUCUGAGAUUAGCCUUUCCGUAAUAGGGCUUUGUAGUCCAAGUGCCUCGCGAGACAAUGAUAUCUAUUCAUAGGUAGUUAUUUUAUUGAUAAGCAACCCAGAUGGUAUAGUAGUUAAUGAAAAUGAAUAAAAAGCGCCCGGUCAAUUUUUAAAUUAAAUGUUUCGCCUAUAAUGAGCCGUGAUUGUGGUCGAGUGAAGACUGGAUAAAAUAAAAUCAAAUAUUUGCGAAAAGUGUUGUCCAAGGGGAUAUAUACGUGAUAGUUACGAAUUCGCUGCAAUUUCUUGUAGAUAAUAAAUAGUGAGGAAGAUAACGAAACAGACCUGUAUUAAAAAUGAAAAGAAGAAAACAUGUUCAGCUAACAUUCCAUAUUGUAUAAUUUAUGCAUACGAGCUAACAAAAGAAAGACAAUUAAGUAAGUAAGACGAUAAUAAAAAGAAAGAAUUAAUGUAAAGAUGCAAACUAGCCGAUCAAAUUGAAAUAAAGAUAGCUGCAAAACAGUA